AUGUCCAAAAAAUCUAUAGGCGAUGACAUAUGGAAAGGAAGCGUGGAAAAGAUAAACUCAGAGUUGUUCACUUUGACAUAUGGAUCACUCGUUGCUCAAUUAUGUCGAGACUUUGAAAACAACUACCAUGAAGUCAACAAUCAACUCGACAAGAUGGGAUACAACAUUGGAUGUAGACUAAUUGAAGAGUUCCUUGCCAAAACAGGUAUCAAGAGAUGCUCAUCGUUCAAAGAGACUGCCGAUAUCAUAUCUAAAUUAGGAUUCAAAUUAUUUCUCAAUAUUCAGCCACAAGUUGAAAACUGGUCCAAUGAUAAUAAAACUUGCAGCUUGAUAAUACCGGACCCUAAUCCAUUAACUGAAUUUGUUGAAUUGCCAGUAUCUACUGACGCAAAAAUUGCCAAGGAAUUGUGGUAUUCACAAAUAUUAUGUGGUGUACUUCGAGGUGCUUUACAAAUGGUUCAAUUAGAUUGUGAUGUUUAUUUUGUCAAAGAUGUAUUACGUGGUGAUGAAAGGACAGAGAUGAAGUUGAAGUUGAAUAAGGUUUUGAAAGAUGAGGUGCCCGCAGGUGAGGAUUAG